UAAAGAAAAGGAUCAUCGUAUCCCGAGUGAGCCAUCUGGAUAGCCAGGCAGGCGCAGGGCUGGAGCGGAGGAGAAGCCAGCUACUUUCUCCGGUGAGGUUUUUAUGGGGUUCUUCAUAAAGAAAUAACACUGGCGAGAAAACGCCAAGAAGCCAGGGAGUGUUCCUAGCGCUCAGGACGCUUGGUGAGCGGCUCUGGAGCUGCCGUUAAUCACUGCGAGGAGCCCGUCCUGCCGUGCAGAUGUGUUUGAUUGGAGCGGCGUGAGGGUUAUUUUCUUUUGACUGAAGGCAGCCCAGCCCUGGCGGAUUAAGCUCUUUGUGUGCGCGCGAGUGUGCCUUCAUGGGAGCUGCUCCCGCAAAACUGGCUGCAGGGGUUUUGGGGAUCAUCCCCUAGGUCGGGGGACUCUCCUGGAGGAGGGGGAGACCUCCUGUUUCCGUGGCUCUGAGAUGAUGCCGGGACAGUAGCUCCCUUUACAGGCAGCACAGUGUGCUCCGGGAUGGCCGUCUAUGCCCUCACGGGCUUCUCGCUCGUCAGCCUGCUCAGCUUUGGCUAUUUAUCCUGGGACUGGAUGAAGCCCAGUUUGGUGGCCGACGUGGCCACGGACCCCAUGGAGAAAUCGCUGCCUCCCGCCUUCACCAGGCCACCCCACAUCAUCUUCAUUCUGACCGAUGACCAGGGCUACCAUGACGUCGGGUAUCAUGGCUCAGAUAUCCAGACGCCAACGCUGGACAGGCUGGCAGCAGAGGGUGUUAAGCUGGAGAACUACUACAUCCAACCCAUCUGCACCCCGUCCCGGAGCCAGCUGAUAACCGGCAGGUACCAGAUCCACACAGGGCUGCAGCACUCCAUCAUCCGCCCUCGGCAGCCCAACUGCCUGCCCCUCGACCAGGUCACCCUGCCCCAGAAGCUGCAGGAAGCCGGUUACUCCACGCACAUGGUGGGCAAGUGGCACCUUGGCUUCUACAAGAAGGAGUGCCUGCCCACCCGUCGGGGCUUCGACACCUUCCUGGGCUCCCUGACGGGCAACGUGGACUACUACACCUAUGACAACUGCGACGGGCCAGGCGUCUGCGGCUACGACCUGCACGAAGGGGAGGACGUGGCUUGGGAUCAGAGCGGGAAGUACUCCACUUUCCUCUACGCCCAGCGCGUCAGCAAGAUCCUGGCAUCCCACAGCCCCAAGGAGCCCAUCUUCAUCUACGUGGCCUUCCAAGCGGUCCACACACCUCUGCAGUCGCCCAAGGAGUACAUCUACCGCUACCGCUCCAUGGGCAACGUCGCUCGCCGCAAGUACGCCGCCAUGGUAACGUGCAUGGACGAGGCGGUGAAGAACAUCACCUGGGCCCUCAAGAAGUACGGUUAUUACGACAACAGCGUGAUCGUAUUCUCCACCGACAACGGUGGGCAGACCUUCUCCGGGGGAAGCAACUGGCCGUUACGGGGCCGCAAAGGGACGUACUGGGAAGGGGGAGUCCGUGGCAUCGGUUUUGUCCACAGUCCCCUGAUCAAGCGCAAGCGCCGGACCAGCUGGGCACUGGUUCACAUCACGGACUGGUACCCGACUCUGGUCAGCCUGGCCAGGGGCAACCUGAGCAACGUCCCAGGCUUGGAUGGCUAUAACGUCUGGCCUGCCAUCAGCGAGGGCAAGGAGUCGCCACGAACCGAAAUCCUGCACAACAUCGACCCCCUAUACAACCACGCCAAAUACGGCUCCUUGGAGGAUGGCUUCGGCAUCUGGAACACAGCCGUGCAAGCCUCCAUCCGGGUUGGGGAGUGGAAGCUCCUCACUGGUGACCCGGGGUACAGCGACUGGAUCCCUCCACAGACCCUGACCAAUUUCCCAGGGAGCUGGUGGAACCUGGAGCGUCUCACCGACGGCCUGAGGAAGUCCGUGUGGCUCUUCAACAUAACCGCCGACCCCUAUGAGCGCUACGACCUCUCAGACCAGCGCCCAGAUGUGGUCAGGACCCUCCUGAUGAGGUUGGUGCACUACAACCGGACAGCCAUCCCGGUGCGGUACCCUGCAGAGAACCCGCGGGCUCACCCGGACUUCAACGGCGGUGCCUGGGGACCUUGGGCCAGCGAGGAUGAUGCAGAGGAGUGGGAAGGCGGUGGAGAGCCCCUGAAAAGUAGGAACAAGAAGAAGAAGUGCAAGAUCUGCAAGCUGCGCUCCUUCUUCCGCAAGCUGAACACGAGGCUUAUGUCCAACCGCAUCUGACGGGAGACUCCCCCAGCAUCGACCCAGCCUGGCCAGGAUGAAGCUCUGGACGGCAGUGCCGUGGGGUGGGAGCGAGGGAGAGGGACAGACAGGGAGGCAGCCAGCACCCAUUUGCUUUCCCUUGCUCCAGGGUUCACCCCAAAACACCUCUCAUCUCUGGCUGGACCGGUGGCGGCAGGGAGGUGGUCCCGGCGGGCGAGGAAGGGUGAUGCGGACUGAGCCGUGCUGCUCGGCGGUGGCGUACAAGUCCUCUGAGCUGGGCUGGCCCGCGCACAGCCCCUUCCAAAGAGAGAGACCUUUUUCUCAAGGACUCUGCAGGCAAUCGCAAGCUUUAAGUGUUGGCCAUUGCAACAGCAGGAGGAAGCGUGGGACCAUGGGGCGGUGAUGCAGAGGGGCUGGCCAGCCUCGGCGGCUCUGCCUGCAGGUUGUCCCUCAUCAUUUCCCUGUAUAUACGUGCUCCCGACUUUCUGCCUGCUGCCAGGCAGCUGCCUUCUUUGCUCUUGCUCUGGGAACUUGAAGGCCUCCCCCAAACCCAAGACCACAAUGUUUCCUUAUUAUACUUCUUUGUGGAAAGAUGGAUUCCUGGCCAUGGAUGUCAGACCUGAGACUGCCAUGGCUGGACUCAGCCUUGCUACUACAGGGACCUCAUGUGGGGUCAUGGCUUCUCCUCUCCACUGGCUUGGGGGGACAGGAACAGCCCUGGUGAGAAACUGUGGCCCACGGAGAUGUGAUUGGAUGCACUCAGAGAACAGAAGGUUCUUCACGGUCCCACAUGUGGGAGGCAGGUUUGCCCCAAGCUCUGGUGGACUUCACAUGGGUCAGCCACCCAGCAGACCCUUUCAUCCACAGUUCUGCCUGGCCAGACCCCCCAUGUGCAUGGCUGUAGGCACCCACGUUCCUCCCCAUGCAUCCUAUGCAUCUGACCAGCCAACCACCCCCAGCUGCCCCUUCCCAGUGCUGGGGCUCUCCCCAUCCUCACAUCCCCACUGCUGAACCCGGGGCAGAAGGAAGAUCUCAAGAAGGUCUCCGCAGAGGGUGAUGUGCUGCUCUGUAGCUGCAGGACUUUGAAGCCGGGGGGGGGACGACGGAGACGACUCCCGCCUGCCAGCACCGUACCGCAUCCCCUCGCCGCAGAUGGGCACCGCUUUCCCAGCAGCGCACGCGUAGGGGGGGGAAACACCUCCCCAUCAUCCGUCUGCCAUGGGGAGCCAACCUGUGUGAUUGCUGGGGGCCAGGCAGCCCGGGAGCUGGGGCAGCCAGCAAAGUGCAAUGCCCCCGCGCCUUCGGCGGGGUGCGAGCGUGCAUACGUGCGCUCAGAGGAGAGCUGGCGAGGAUGAAAGAGGGUAAAUAGCUUUAAAAGCAUUUUGGAUGCAUGGUGCAUUUCCAUUUACACAAUGUGUUUUACAUUUCUCCCCACAGGUUUCUCUUGGUGCAGCGUGUGUAGGCGAAGGCCCUGCUGUGAAUUUUGAAAAUAGUUAUUUUUGUCUCUGGAAAAUGAGGCCCGUUAGGACUUGUCAGCUCUUGGAUGAGCAGUGUGGGCUUUCUUUUUUUUUUUUUUUUCCUCCCCUCUCUCUCUCCCUUGCAAAAUAACAUUCAUUUAAAAUCUGUCAUUGAAAGAUGUGACAAUUGGCAACGUGCACGCUGAAUACCUUUCAGUGUGCUUUCAAGCCCUGUGUGUGAGAGAGGGACGGGGACGGGAAGAGAAUGCAAUGACACGUUUGGUUUUUUUUUUUCUUACUCUUAGCUGGAUUAUUUGGGGGAAUUGGGAUUUUCUAUAGAAACAAAGAAAAAAAAAGCUGACAGCGAGGCAGAAUAGAGGAGGCCUCUUCUUGUAGAAUUGGGAAGGAGUUUGCAAAGCCAGAGCGUGGCAGUGUGUGUGCCGGUCCCAGCUGCUCCGUGCACACCCAUCACGGUGCCAUUCCAUCGGCUCCCCACAUCCCUACGGGCAAGUGCCCUGCAGCAGCAUCAAGGACAGGUUUCAGAGGGGGACUCAGCUCCUCCAUCAGCCCCAUCUCCAUCCCCGGCUCUCUUAGCACGUCACUCCAUGCGGACCGGUCCCCACGGCAUCACCCCGGCCGAGGCGAGCCCUGGGAAGAUGCUGCACAUCCUCGAACUACCUCAACCGUCCAGCCUGGUCCCCUGGGAUGCGCACCACCGGCGUGCCCAUCGGCAGCGGGGCUGCGGUGCCAGCUGCCAUUUGGCAAAGCCAACCGGUUGCUGAAUAAAAAGCAAUGUUUCGCUGAAGAACAGGAGGCUGCUGCAGGCUGAGCCAGAGCCGGAGGAGGACAGAGGGUUAUGGCUGCAGGGGGCUCGGGCACGAGUCAUGGCAAAGGGAGAACCAGUGCUGGAGGGAGCAGGAGAGCGGGGCUGGCCAUGGGGCGGCGACAAGGCUCGGGAAAUGGCUUUCAUUUCCAUAUUUAUAUAAACGCAUCCAAGUUUAGUCCUUUUUUUUUUUUCUUCAAAAAUGGAAAUUUCCAUGAAAACAUGUUAGAUUUUUCUCCUUUCAAUUUUACUAAUAUCCCCAUGGAAAGGUUCGUCUGGUCU